AUGAAGCUCACCACAAUCCUUCCCCUCCUCCUCCUCCAAACCACAACCCAUGCCACAAUCUUCAACCGCGCAAGACUUCCCACAGUCGGGGAAGCCGAGGACCUCGCCGCACCAACCGUAGUUCUCAAACGGACUAAUCUAGAACUCACUGCUCCAACUGCUAUACUCAAACGGGCUAGAAAAGCCGCGGACCCCGAUCCUGAAGAGCAAGCUAGGCCUGAUGAUAUUAGAACUAAGGUUGUGAAGAGAGCGAGACCGGCACCAACUGUUGUUGGGGAAAGAGCUAGGAAGUAUGCGGAUCCUGAUCCGGAGGAACAAAUGGGACCUAUAGAUCCGGAUAGUACCAGAACUCGAGUCGCAAAGAGAGCUAAACCUGCUCCUACCGUUUUUGCAGAGCGAGCGAGGAAAUAUGCAGACCCGGAUCCAGAAGAGCAAAUGGGACCUAUAGAUCCAGAUAGUACCAGAACUCGAGUCGCAAAGAGAGCUAAACCCGCUCCUACUGUCGUUGGGAAAAGGGCAAGAAAAUAUGCGGAUCCCGAUCCAGAGGAACAACUUAGGCCUGUAGACCCAGACAGCACAAGAACUCGGGUCGCCAAACGGGCCAAACCAGCUCCUACUGUUGUUGGGAAACGAGCCCGGAAGUACGCCGACCCAGAUCCAGAGGAACAGCUCAGACCCGUAGACCCAGACAGCACAAGAACUCGAGUCGCCAAACGAGCCAAUCCAGCUCCUACUGUUUUUGAAAGAAGAGAAGUCGUAGAUGAUCAAGCACCAGCCGCUUUCCAAGUUAUAACACUCCCCACUGGACGUAUUGAAGUACCCGUUCACGCCCAUACCCCCAUUUCUACUCCAGAAAUCAAUGCCAGACCCGCAGGUGUCCUUGACAGCAUCGGCCUCAACUUUGGGACACUCUGUUCUGCAUUCAUUCCCUUUACCAACGCUGGUACUGGGGUCGGGGAGUUCCCGGACCAUUCCGGCCCAAGGGUAUAUAUCGAUGUCGACGGUGUUAAUAUAUGGUCCAACAGCCAAAAGGGAUUAAUCGUCGACACUGGCUCCACAGGCUUCACAAUCGGCCAACUAACUUGGACCGGCCAUUUCCAUAAAUCCUGGUCUUCAACUGACAAAUCCCGUCCAGGUUGGAAAUACCUCUCAUCUUCCAACAUCCUCUACAAGGGCUACUGGGUCAACGUCAACAUCACCUUCAAAGACCUCUCCUGGAAACCCAUUAUCCGUUCCGAAGUCCCCGUAUUAGUCUUUAAUCAAAAGCUUGGAUGCGAGAAAAUUGAUAACGCAACUGGAAACUGCCUCGUAACCCCUUCGAUCCUACAGGCAGAAGGAGGGUAUAUGGGUAUCGGAUAUGGAAGAAGGGCAGAUGGUAUGACGCAGUGUACACCUGAUACAAACCCUUUGUUGAAUGUGAGAGGCAUCUGGAGGGAUUUACCUGUCACUGGGUGUAAUUAUCGAAAUGGCUACGUAGUCACAAAAACUGGCAUCUCAUGGGGCCUGACCGUCGCAAACACCAACGGCUUCAAAUUCCAUACUCUAAAGAAAGACUCAACCGUAAACAUGGACUGGUCAAUGCCAACCAUGUGUCUCAGAGCCAGUAAUAACGCACAAACCUGUCGUGCCGGGAACUUCCUCCCAGACACAGGACUUACAAAGUCUUAUAUCACUUCGCCCGAUACGCCCUCGGGGACUGCACCCCCGUCGAAUGGUUUCAAUAUUAAAUUGAAUAUACCAAAUUCUGGACAGGGUAUGGGGUUUUUGAAUUAUAAUAAUGUGGGAACUGGAGGGAAUCACUUGCCAAGUUCGUAUUCGACUUGGAAGAGUGGGGAGAAGGUUUAUUUGAAUACUGGGAGUAGGUUUUUUAAUGCUUAUAAGAUUGCGUUUGAUGCGGAUUCUGGGUAUUUCGGGACCAAGUAG